AUGUCAUUUUACUCACGAUCUGCAGAGAAACGAAAAUCGUACGAAAUGGACGAGCUCUACAAGGAGGAAGAUUGCAGGUAAAACGUUGUGCCUCUUUCUGUUUAUCUUAGUUUUCAAGAUAAAUAGCUCAUUCUCUCGUUCUUUACUGUUUUCUGCAGCUUUAAGGUCGAAGUGGUGGACAAUCGAGAGCGGGAACGAAAAUUACGGCGGGAAAUUGCUAACUCAAACGAGCGACGACGUAUGCAAAGCAUAAACUCCGGUUUCCAAGCACUGAGAUUGCUUAUUCCAAACAGCGAAGGAGAGAAACUAAGCAAGGUCUGUUUUUGAACGAUUUUAAGUAUAGGUAGUCGAUUAGGAAUCAGAACAGUAAUGUAGUUUCGGGGAACUUUACUUACCAAAGCACUGAUUUCGUGAUGUUAAUUUCGUAAACAGGCCGCAAUACUGCAGCAAACAGCUGAGUAUAUUUUCGCCCUGGAGCAAGACAAGACUCGACUUUUGCAGCAAAAUACGACUUUAAAAAGAAUCCUCAGCCAGUGUGAUAGAGAAGGGACGAAUGGGACGGAUUUAAAGCGAUCACCUCAAAAGAAGGCAAAAUUGGAACAUGAGCCACGUGCUCAAGAAACUAACAAGAUCGAAGAAAACAACAACGUAAGUUCAUUACUACACGGAGAUGACUAUGUUGAAGAAAUACAAAAGGAGCUCAUUGAAUUGAGGUGCCAAUUGGAACGAGAGCGGAGAUUGCGGAUUAACGUUGAGGAAAAGAAGCGACAGCUUGAGAUUGAUCUUGCCGAGACCAAGUUAAAAUCAAGCGACAAGACGCAAAAAGCGCUUGCUACUUCACGACAGAACUUGGACACGAUCGUUCAAGCGAUUCGGCAUCUCGAAGGCGACAAACCCGAACUGAUCGAGACGCCUACAAAAUGCAAAGCUGAAGCUACCGCGAACGGCCCGACCAACAGCGAGAAUGCUUCCAGGCGCUUGAUAGUUUGAGCUCCCCGAAUUUUUUAUUGAGAUUUUUUAAACAGCUGACUGGCGUGGCCGGUCGCUUUAUAUGCAGAUUACCUAAGCAUGCGGGACCGACACAAUUCAUGCAUGGUAAUUUGUUUACGGAUACAUUUGUAAAAUAAAUUCGUGGAAUUUUAUUAUUCUAGCACUUUAUAAGUGAUACUAAAGAAAUUAACCACUUUGGCGUAUUUCACUCGCGCGUGCUGGUUUCAUCGCGUACUAUUUAUGUCUGACUUGUGCUCCAAAUUUGUCCGGAAAUGUAAAAUUGUACAGCAUGCAGAUUCGUGGUGAUGUUGACCAUCUUGUAGUAAAUUGGUGAGUGACGUUUCCAUGUGCAUAUGUUAAUAAUCUUCCAAUAUAAUCAACACCCCUUAAGUUUUCUUGAGGGGUAGGGUAGGGCAGUUGUUGGGAGUUAACUUCCUUGAUUCUUUAGCGUUUUCCUUUUUUCCUGCUUGUUAGUGUGGAUAGUAGG